AUGAUGUCCUUUUCCAAAAACGCCACUCCUAGAGCCAUUGUUAGUGAAUCUAGCACUUUGCAUGAGAUGAAGUUUAGAAAUUUUAGAGUUGCCCAUGAAAAAAUCUCGUUGGAUAUAGAUCUAGCUACUCACUGCAUUACCGGUAGCGCUACUAUAAUAAUCAUUCCGUUGAUCCAAAACCUAGAAUAUGUAACUUUUGAUUGCAAGGAAAUGACUAUUAAAGAUGUUCUGGUCGAAAAUCGUCGAUGUGAUCAAUUUAUUCAUGACGACCCACUUCAAACAAAUUUGAAUGGAUUGACUUCACAAAAUGUAUUAUACAGCGACAAUUCCAUUGAACAGUCACAUUUUUUGAGAUCUAAGUUUGCUAGCUUGAAUGAAUACCCAGAAACGGACUCUAAAUCCCAGUUAACUAUAAAAAUACCAUCUUCCAUCAAAAUAUCUUUGGAGGACGCCAAUGCAUUAAGUAAUUACACUCCGAUUACUCCUUCAAUUAAGACUACCCCUGGGUUUCAAGAAUCUGUUUUCACUCCAAUUACAUUACAAAUUGAAUAUGAAAUCAGAAACCCAAAGUCGGGUAUUAAAUUCGAUACUGUGUAUGCUGACAAGCCCUGGUUAUGGAACGUUUACACUUCAAAUGGUGAGAUUUGCAGUUCUGCAUCAUAUUGGGUCCCAUGUGUCGAUUUGCUUGAUGAAAAAUCUACAUGGGAGUUAGAAUUCAGCGUACCGAGAUUGGUUAAAAAUAUAGGUACUUCGAAAUUAAUCGGACAAAAUGGAGAAGAGAGUGAAAAAGAGAAGGAGGAUACGCCUGAGCACGAUGAAGAGGAAGAGGGGAAGCCGGCAAGAGUUAUCAAAGACGAAGAUAAGGAUUCUAACUUGAAAAAUGACGAAGAAGGCAAAAAUAGUAAAAGCAAAGAUGCACAAGAUAAUGAUGAAGAAGAAGAGGAAGGCGAAAGUGACGAAGAGGAAGAGGAAGGGGAAGAGGAAAGGCGGAAUAUUGAGGAAAGCAACAAUCCGAGUUUGAGGGAUGUGAUUGUGUGUUGUUCAGAAUAUUCAAAUAUUAAAGAACUUCCGCACCCGAUUGAUUUGACGAAAAAAAAAUGCAUAUUUCAGAUAAUUAAUCCUGUGGCUCCACAUCACAUUGGUUGGGCUAUAGGCGCCUUUAAUUCAUGGUCUUUACCUUUGAUAUCACCUCCAAGUGUUGAUGCCGAGGACGAAGUAGAGGAAGACAAGUUGAGAGAGAAUGUUGUGGACAAUGUUAACGAUACUAUGGAUGACGACAUUGGUUCGGAUAUUAUACCCAUUCAAAUUUUCACACUUCCGACGCAGGAAACAGAUGAGUUAACAGUUAUAAAUUCGACAGUUGUCUGCCAAAAAAUUAUAGAUUUCUACUCGAAAGAAUUUGGGUCUUAUCCUUUCACUUGUUACUCUAUGGUGUUUUUACCUACCGCACCUUCUAAGCAUAUGGAUUUUGCAGCAUUAGGCAUUUGUAAUACCAGAUUAUUGUACCCUCUAGAAGUUAUUGAUAAAGCAUUCAGUACUACGAAUGAGUUAGCAUGGGCACUUGCUAACCAAUGGUCUUGUGUGAAUAUAACUCCUUUAGAUAUGAACGACUACUGGUGCUGUCUUGGUAUUGCUGGUUAUAUGGUGUUUCAGGUAACCAAAAAAUUAAUGGGUAAUAACACGUAUAAAUAUCAAUUAAAGCGUAAUAGUGAGGCGAUUGUGGAACAAGACUUCGAGAAACCGCCUAUUGGGAGCACUUUUACCGGCAGUUCUAGGCCAAUAUCUUGGUCUUCUAAAGAUUUGUCCUUUAUACAAUUGAAGGCACCGAUGAUACUACACAUACUUGACAGAAGGAUGACUAAAACAGAACGAUCUUUCGGUAUGUCUCGAGUAUUACCUAAAAUUUUCCUUCAAGCUAUGUCUGGUGAUUUACCGAAUAAUUCGUUGACUUCAUCGCAUUUUCAACAUGUUUGCGAAAGAGUUAAUAAAAGUAAAUUAGAGAAUUUUUUCAACGAAUGGGUAUAUGGGUCUGGGGUACCCAUAUUACGUGUCACCCAAAGAUUUAAUAGGAAGAGGAUGGUUAUAGAACUGGGUAUAAGGCAAGUUCAAGAUGAAGAACUUGGCCACGAAAAAGUGGUAGGGGAGGAAGGAUUUUUCAAAAGUGCACUAGACCACUUAGAACAUCCAGAUUUGAACCGAACCGAAUGCUUCACGGGCUCGAUGACUAUAAGGAUCCAUGAACACGAUGGUACUCCGUAUGAGCAUAUUGUGGAAAUCAAAGAUACAUUCACAAAAAUAGAUAUUCAGUACAAUACAAAGUACAGAAGAUUAAGGAAAAGAGGUGGUGGUGCAAAUGAUGAAAAUGGUGUUGAAAACAAUAAUGAGGAGAAGCCUAUUGUUGUGGAUGUGAAUUGUCUAGGAAAUGUAUACAUGUCGCCCGAAGAGUGUUCCCGAUUCAGUUUGACGGAAUUUAAUCGUACGUCUGAGAGUAAUGAAUUGCUUAAGCAAAACGAAGCAUUUGAGUGGAUACGCAUAGACUCUGAUCUGGAAUGGAUUUGCCAAAUGCACAUUAAUCAGCCGGAUUACAUGUUUUCUUCUCAGUUGAGACAAGAUGGGGACAUAGAGGCCCAACUAGAAGCCAUACGAUAUUAUGAGGACGUCGUUGUUAAUGGUGGUGUGAAAUCACUUGUUUAUUCAAGUAUUUUGUUUAGAACGGCGAUCGACGAGCGUUACUUUUUUGGCAUAAGACUCGCGGCGUGCGAAGCGCUUAGUAAAUACGUAUAUGAUCCGGAUUUUACUGGCGGUGUUAAGCAUUUAAUUCAGAUUUUUCAGAUUUUGUUUUGCCUAGAAGACUCUAAUAUUCCAAAGAGUAAUAACUUUGAGAAUCCUAAGUUGUAUUUCUUACAGUGUAAUAUUCCCAAAUAUUUGGCUAAAGUGAAAAAUGAAAAUGGUAAAUGUCCAAAAUUGGUGAAGCAAUUUUUACUGGAUAUUCUUGUUUAUAAUGAGAAUGGUGAAAAUAAAUACAGUGAUGAUGCGUACGUCCGCAGCUUGAUUGAAAAUGUUGUUAAAGUUGCUUUAAAUGAGUAUAAAGAUAAAGCAUAUAUGGAAAAAGUUAAGACUCAGUUAUUGAGGUACGAAAAUUUGGUGAAUUGGCUUUCAUCAUACGAGUCUUUGAUUAAGACUACUAUCAUGUAUGCUAAGUACAAAUUGCAUAAAGUGGGUGCUUAUGACUUUACGGAAUUGACAGGAAUGAUAAUGCAUACAUUAACAUUAGGUAUAAAUAACGGAGAUAUUUCCAGGGAAAGCUUUCAGAAUGAGUUUUUAAUGGUUUUGAAAAUCAUGCUUUUAGAAGGUGGUUUAAAAAACAAGGAUGCCCUUGUUUUGUUUACUGAAAUACUUUGCUUCCAUGAGGAUUCUUAUAUUAGGGAUAAAAGUGUUGAUGUGCUUUCUGAAUGUGUAAAUCUAGUUGUUAUGGAUGGUAGUUUGGAUACCAUAAGUGACGAUAUUAAGUCCUCCGUCCAAUCUGUGCACAAUGAAGUUAAAAAUAUAAAAAGUGAGGAUGAUAUUGAGUUGUUUUUAAGUGGUCAUUACGUCGAUGAUAUGAAAAUAAAAAUAGAAAAGAUUGGCCGUCAAAAUAUUAGUGGGUUAAUACAAAUAUGCCGAGAUAUGUUUAAAGGGUAUAGCCCUUUGAAGAUAUUACUCUGGGAUGUUUUGAAUUUACCUGUUCUUAGCUUGUACCAGAGGAAGCAAAUACAUGAUCUUGUUAGGGUGAUGUACACCCUAAUCAACAGUUUUGUAGUUAGAUUGGAAACACCAAGGGAGAGAAGACUUGUGGCGAAGAUGAAUAGUAAUGAAGAAGGUAAACUUGAUAUUGUUAUAAAGCGUGAAAGUAUCCUAAAAGUACAUAUUAAAAAGGAAGUAACCUCUACUGUGGAGGCACCCAAGAAGGCGAAUAAGAUAAAGAUAAGUUUGAAAGGUGAUAAACCUGUUAGAAAAGUGGAAAAACAAAUUGUGAAGCCGAAGGUAACUAGCAAACAAAGGAAAGUCAAAAGUCAUGUGAACCGCAUGGGCAGUUUACCUUUACGGUUUGUUAAGAUCCAACAACAACCUAGAGUAAUGGUGCAUUUGUCAUCCGUCCCGUAUAGCCAAUUCGUUCAAAUUACAAAAGUCACAUCAAGAUCGUUUAUGGUUAAGAUAAGAACAAAGAAUGAUGCUAAGAAUUGA